CUUCCUUUUUCUAGUAGCAGAGGUUAACCAAAUCAGAUUCUAAAAUGCAGAUCACAUGCAGAUUGCAUAGAUGAUCAUCAUUUUAUUCAAACCGAUUACACUUUGGAGCAACUGCCAACUGCUAUAUACAUCAACACCCAUGAUUUUUCAAUCAUUCGCAAAAUUUUUGAGAUUCUAGACUUCUUCGGAACGCAAUUUUAUGGCGACGAGCGGUGGAUAUCUUCCGAUCACCGCGAUGGAUUCAGCUGCGGAGGAAGUGGACGAGAAGCAGUUGAAAGCCUCCGCCAUCUCUAAGGCCGGUGCUUAUGCCGCCACCUCUUAUAUGGCAUGCGCCGUGCUAUUGGUGAUGUUCAAUAAGGCUGCUCUUUCUUCAUACAGCUUCCCGUGUGCUAAUGUCAUCACUCUUUGCCAGAUGAUAUCAUCAUGCUUUUUUCUCUACGUAUUAAGGCGGUUAAAGAUUAUAUCGUUUAAUUCGAAUGAAUCUGGAGCACUCGGUGAUAAUUUCGGAACAUUGGUAUCGAUAAAGACAUUGAUCAACGCCUCACCUCUUUCUAUGACCUAUUUAUUUUACAUGCUAGCCUCCAUGGAGGCUGUUCGGGGAGUAAAUGUACCCAUGUAUACAACCAUAAGGAGAACCACAGUUUUCUUUACAAUGAUGAUCGAGUUCAUCUUUGCGGGGCAGAGGUAUAGCCGUCCUGUUCUUGGAAGUGUGGUAAUAAUUCUGUUAGGUGCUUUUGUUGCGGGAGCCCAUGACAUGUCUUUCGACUCCUAUGGUUAUCUAGUGGUGGUGUUAGCCAACAUAUCAACAGCAGUGUAUCUCACAACCAUAUCUCGCAUUGGGAAAACUAGUGGUCUCAACAGCUUUGGCCUAAUGUGGUGCAAUGGAGUUUUGUGCGGACCAGUUUUACUGGUUUGGAUCUUUAUACAAGGUGACAUUAAGAAGACAAUGAAUUUCCAGUAUUUGCUCUCUCCGGGAUUCCUGGUGGUAUUGUUCUUUUCUUGCAUACUGGCAUUCAUCCUCAACUACACCGUAUUCCUCAACACGACUCUGAAUUCUGCUCUAACGCAGACAAUCUGUGGUAACUUGAAGGACUUCUUCACUAUUACUUUAGGCUGGGCGAUUUUUGGUGGGCUGGCGUUCGAUUUACUGAAUGUGACCGGGCAGCUCAUCUGCUUUGCUGGCUCAGGAUUAUAUGCCUAUUACAAGUUCACUGGGAAGUGAUGCUGUGAUGAUCUAAACAGUGAUGAUCAUUUUCUUGAUAUCUCACAGUAUUUAUGUAGGGCUGAUAGAGACUCCAUUAAAAUUUAGGAUGAGAUAGAAUAGUGUUGCAUAUGCUUGAUGAUAUCUAUAGCAACUUCCCUACAGUUAGAUUUAGUGGAAUGAUUUUCAGUUUAUCUGUAGGCUAAGUCCACAUUUUGUUUUUUACCCUACUUUUGAUAGUGGUGUGGUGCCUGUUGAUGAUGGCAGAAAAUUUAGCCUAUGUCUUUUCAUGUCUUUGUUUUUUUCUGGAUAAGAAAAUCCAGGUGUUCUGUUUAUAUGUUGAAUUGAAGUAUUUCCAUUUUACUUGUGCUCUAAAAAUUUGUUUGGUAUGGUAAUAUCUACAUUUCCCUCUUUUA